AUGCUGCUCAUCGUGGCAGCUUUCUGUGUUCUGGGCGUUUCAGCCCAGUACGGUGGCCAGGGAUACCCCCAGCAAAGCGCUCCGGUACCAUCGUAUGGAAAACCUUACCCGCGUCCCUUCCCUCCACCAUUCUACGGCUCCUCUUCCAGCUCCAGUGACAGCGACGAGUACGGUUGCCGCCGGUGCCGCCAAAAGGACCUCGAGGGAAAAUGCCCCGAUGAGUUGGCGAUGAAUGGAACCAGCUGCGCCAAGCCCAGCUUUGACUACGCCCGUGAGAAGGGAUGCGCCUUCGCCGUGAUCUCAUGCCGACGCAAGCAGGGAUUCCUCGUCGGCAUUGUUGCUAAGAACGCCAAGAACUUGAAGGCCCUCGAAAAUCCGGUCACAAUCGGACUCGGCGACGUUCACCUGACAGCUAGCUGCCACGAUAACAAGGAGUGGUACGUGUCGAGGAAGCAGCAUGGCAAAAGGCACCAUAAGAGCAGCCGUCGUAGCGACCGCAGUGACCGUAGCGGACGUCGGGAUCGCAACCGUCGUCAUAAGCGAUCCGGAGAAGGCGCAGCCGGUUUCGGCCGUGUGACGACCACCAGGAAGGCGACUACCACCAGGAAGGCGACCACCACCAGGGCGGCGACGACCACCAGGAAGGCGACCACCACCAGAAAGGCGACCACCACCAGGAAGCCGACCACCACCAGGAAGCCGACGACCCACAAUGGCUCUGGCCCCACACAGAAGCCGACCAGUCACCCUCAACCCCAUCCAACGAAGAAGCCGCAUGGACAUAACCACAUCAGCUGGCCUACUUCGCGGCUCCCGCUUUCGCAAUUUGCAAAACACACGUCUUUUCAGAAAAACAAGAAGCUGACCGACCUCGUCUGCGUCUACAUCCCGGAGCCUGUGGACAGCCCUUCUGUCGAUGAUGAAUCCGCGGAUGAG